GCUGCAGUACACGAAUAAGCAAAAAAGGUCGCUGUUUUGCUGACUGAGACAAAAAUUGGACAUAUUUGUAUUUAGUCAUUAUCCAAACAUAUUUAUCUACUUAAUAGUAGCGACCUUUGUUGCUUAGAACAUUCACAUCCAUUCACUCCCUUGACCAACAAGUGUGCAGCAACGAGAAGUAUUUUUCUUGGAAUUCAAAUUUUUAAAAUUUCCAUCACCUCCAUCACUCCAAAAGAUUGUGUAAAAAUGGAUUCCGACCCACCUUCCCCCACCGACGAUCCCACCACCAUCAAAAUCAACUUCCCUCUCGAUUUCACGACCAAGUUAGACAGUCUGCUACAGGAUUAUAGCAACAAGGACGAAAUCAUGUCUGAAGCCAUGGCCGCGUUGGGGGACACAAUUUCAAAAUUUUCCUCCCAUCUCUCCUCCCCUGCUAACAUGUGGAUCAUUUUCGACGCGAUGAGAGAAUUCGCCUUCGAGGAGAAACGUUUCUUCAACCUAUUCAACUACACGAACCAAGUCGCGCUAAUUCUGGACAGGACUUUGGAAAGUGCUGAACGAACUGAAAGAAUCACAGAACUUAUCCGCGAUUUUAAGACAAACGUUGAUUUUGCCGAUAAGCUUGACCAACUCGAGCCGGAUGUGGCGAAAUGGGUGCUUGAAAAUGGAGAUAAGAUAACCCCCAUUUACACCAAAUUGUUGCAAAUUGUGCUCGAGAAGGUUGGAUUUCCAUUGCAACAAAAAAGUUGGGCACGUGCCAUCCAAAUUUUACAAAAUGGAAAUUUCAUACUUUUACCCCCUGAGGAUGAGAAUAUUUGGCUGAUUGAAGUGGAAACGUCCCUGCUCAACCGUGCCCCAUCUGACCUGGAUCAUCAAGGUCGAACCGAAUUUUUAACACUGCUCCAACUCUCCAUCAGGAAGUCGCUGAAUAUGAAACAAUUUAAAGAUUUGGUCAAAAAGAUUCUCAAAGUGUCGAAUGACAAAACUGUGAGGAUUUUGAUAAUAAAAGUAAUCCUGAAAGCAGUCCAGCUUUACGUGUAUUCGCCAAUGUUUGUAAUUCCGGUCAAGUUUUUGAAAAUGAUGAGGGAAAUUAGUCCCAUCGCGGAAAUUGUGAAUUUUACCGAAGUAAUGAUGUCUUAUGUGAGGGAGAUUUUGGAAAAUUGCAAGGUCACCAGGUACGUCGAAAAAAUGGUGAAAAUACUCAGUUUUCAAGAUUUGGAGGGACUCUUCAUCGGCGACGUGGUGAACGGCGUGGUUGCCAUGACGACAAGUCAACUACAUCCGAUCGACAGUAAAGUGUAUGCCGCUGUUUUCAAGGUGUUGCGAAAAAAUAAUGGAAAACUCGCUCUGACCGCGAAAAGUGCAGAACAAUUGCUCACUUCAGCGAAAAAUCUAAUUGAACCUGAUAAUCUGGACAAAUUUGCACUACUGGUUUUUCAACUGAUCGAAAUUUGUGUCGGAUCGGACCAGAAUUUUUCAGAUGCGGACGCCAAGAAUAAAUUCAUGUCAGAUUGUGGCACCCUGUUCAAAAAUCUAUUAAUCACCGCAGUCGAGGUAGCCGACAAGAAAAUGAUGUCCGCCACAGUGGAAAAAUUUUAUAAAUCUAUAUCCACCCAAAUUGGCCUCGACUUGUGGAUAAAUCUUUUAAAAAAUGAACAAUUCGAUGACACUGGAACCUUGGCGAACUCAAUUUUAGCCAACAUUUCAUUCUCGGAUGAAACGUGGGAUUCUAUCCUGAACGAAGUCGUUUGGAAGGAGACGCCAUCUCGCGAGGAUAACAUUUAUCGUGGCCUCGUCACUUUGGCGAGUAAUUCAAAAUUCCCGCGCUCUCGGGUCGUCGACGUUGUGAAACAUCGCUAUUGCGAGUUAACCCUGAACUUUUUCAUUGCUUGGAUUAAUAACAAGAAAAAUGAAAAGAUUACCCAGCAAGUGGGCGAAGUUUUAAAACACGGCACAAAAUAUGAAGAGUGGAUGAAUCAGAAUAAGCCAGAAGAUUUCAAUAAUUUGUCAACACUGUUGAGUAAAUUUAAGGAUUUUACUUUCCUCAAAGAUGCUCCUUCCGAGAUCAAAUUAUUUUAUGAGUUGCACAAAGCUCUAGUCUUUGUAGUGGGCGGAGAGACCAAGAGGAUGAAAGGGGUCAUCCGGUUUCAUCCAGUUUAUUGGCUCAAAUGGAUGGCUUGGCAGAUAAUCUUUGUCUUUGGGGUGAAUAUCGGGGUUGAUUGGGAUUUAAAGUUGAUAGAUAAGGUAGACCGUAAGUCGGUUGGGUUGGGGGUGAAGUUGCUGUUGGAGUUAAGGGAAGGUUCCCGGUUGGUGUUCGAGGAGGCCCAGGUGAAAAUUAUUAAGUUGCAGUUGGACGAGUUAAAAAGGGCGGAAUGGGUGACCGAGGAAAUCAAAGGGGACAUUAGAAAAGUGCAGGAUAUGAUGGGGAGAAGGGUAUAAAUAAUUGUGGCAUAGAGUUUUAGUCUUACUCUGCCCCUAUUCAAUAUCUUUCAGUGUUAAUGUCUAAAAUGACAUCAGUUUCAUUAGUUUUGAGAUAAAUGUAACGAUAUCUAAUUAUGUUUGCAGUUCAAUAAUUAUGCUGGAAAAAGAAAUAAUAUAAAAAGUUUCUAAGGUCAAAGUUUCCAAUUUAAUUAGUUAGAUGGGUAUAAAUUAGUCCCUCAUAAUCUGAAUAGAAUUAAGCUAAUUGAUUUGUCAAUGUCUGAAAUUAUCUCAUUGUAACAAGUUUCGUUACAUCUUUCGUUUUUCCGCUAUGUACAGACAAUACAAAUAAAUAUAUAAUAUCUUGAGUUUUAACCAAUUUCUGCAAUCGGAUUUCUGCAAAUUGAAACUAAAUAUGUGCAAGUUAAAAUAACCUAUAAUCUUUUUGCUACCUUUUCCUAUCUUUUUGUAUUUGUAUGUAAGUUUGGAGAUUACGGGCAAAUAAAAUCCAAGACAAAUUUGAUUUGCCGAGAUUUCAUAAUA